AUUAAUUAACUUUGGAACGUACAAUUCUUUUGUUUCAUAUGCUACUAUUAGUAUUACUAUACUAGACCACUACUAACACGGGUAUUUGUUUGUUUGUAUGUAGUAGCUGUAGCACCUUUCACGGUUGGAAACAAUUUUGCAACCAGCUAGCUCCUCCAAAUUCCCAAUUUCAAAGAUGAUGCUGCUGCUGCAACAUAUUUCAUUCCAUAUAUUUUUCUUCCUUCUGCUGCUUUCUUUGGUUUCUUCUUUAUAUGAUGGACCCCUAUAUGACUCUACUGCUUACACUCAGUGCAAAGAGCAUCCUGAGAAGCCACUUUACAAUGGAGGAGUACUUUUCAAUUUCAACAUUGCAGGAGACGGCGUCACUUCUUCCUCACUUGUCCUAUAUAAUAAUCUUACUCACGACACUAUCUAUUCCUUUUCCGCAUGGCUGAGGAUUGAAGGUUUAGAUUCAGUAAUGAUAAGGGCAAGUCUUGAAACAGAAAAUGAGACAUAUUACUGUAUUGGGACAGUUUUGGCCAACCGUGGAUGUUGGUCUUUUCUCAAGGGUGGAUUUGUUCUCAAUUACCCUUCAAAUUCAUCUACCAUCUUCUUUCAGAACACAGAUGCCAAAUAUAUUGUUCAUAAUAUAGAUAUAGCAAGUCCAUCACUGCAGCCAUUUACUAAGCAGCAAUGGGGAAUCAAUCAACAAUACAUAGUCAACACUAAAAGAAAGCGCGCAGUCACAAUUCACGUAUCAGAUACUAAUGGAAGGAAAUUACAAGGCGCUUCUGUAUACGUAGAGCAAAUAUCAAAAGACUUCCCUAUUGGUUCUGCAAUAGCAAAGACCAUUCUUGGCAACAUACCAUAUCAGAAUUGGUUUGUAAAGCGAUUCAAUGCUGCCGUCUUUGAAAAUGAGCUGAAAUGGUACGCUACAGAACCUCAUGAAAGCAAAGUCAACUACACAAUUUCAGAUCAAAUGAUGCAAUUUGUUAGAGCCAACAAAAUCAUAGCUAGAGGACACAACAUAUUCUGGGAAGAUCCUAAAUACAAUCCUGCAUGGGUUCUUAACCUUACCGGUACUCAAUUACAAUCGGCUGUGAAUUCUCGAAUUAAAAGUCUUAUCAACCAAUACAAAACAGAGUUCAUACAUUGGGAUGUCAGCAACGAAAUGCUUCAUUUUGAUUUCUAUGAACAAAGGCUUGGACCCAAUGCUACAUUUCAUUUCUUUGAGGUAGCACAUGAAUCCGAUCCAUUAGCAACUUUGUUUAUGAAUGACUUCAAUGUUGUGGAAACUUGUAGUGAUGUAAAUUCUAGUGUUGAUGCCUAUAUCUCACGGAUAAGAGAACUAAGAAAAUAUGGUGUGUUUAUGGAUGGAAUUGGAUUGGAGGGUCAUUUCACAAAACCAAAUCUUCCACUUAUCAGAGCUAUCCUAGACAAAUUGGCAACACUAGAUCUUCCCAUUUGGCUUACUGAGAUUGAUAUAAGCAACACACUUGAUCAAGAUACACAGGCAAUUUAUUUGGAACAAGUGUUGAGGGAAGGGUUCUCACACCCUUCAGUGAAUGGGAUAAUGCUUUGGACAGCACUUCAUCCAUAUGGGUGCUACCAAAUGUGCCUCACAGACAAUGAUUUGAAUAACUUACCAUCAGGUGAUGUGGUGGACAAACUUCUUCAAGAGUGGCAAACUGGUCAUCUAGAGGGAGUCACGGAUGAGCAUGGUUCACAUAGCUUUUAUGGGUUCUUAGGAGAAUAUAGAAUUAUUGUAGAGUAUCACAACAGGACCACAAAUUCAACCUUCUCUCUAUGUAGUGGUGAAGAAACUAGACAUGUCACUAUUACACUGUGACUUGAUUUUAUUUAUUUAUGAACCCCCCCUAACUUCACUAGAAGUUUCAAAUUUAAAUAAUAACAACCCCAUUUUCAAGAAAAUAUUUUGGUUUUAGAAAGACAAAAAAAA